UCCAAUAUGUGGUGUUGACAAUGCAAGAAGUGUCAAGCCAGGUCAAUUCUCCGUCAUACUGAAGGAACUGGGAAUACGCAUCCAUCAUGAGCAACCAAGAGAAGCGCCACAGGACAAGCAUGCAGCACCUCCGCUAUCUUGAUAGCUUUAUGGAUGAAAUAGACCGUGAGGUCAUGAGCCUGACGGAUCGAGCUUUUAAGAGUCUGUGCAUUGGAGAUGAAGCAAUCUACAAUGACUCAGAAUUUUCACCCUCUCUAGUCAGCUGCCACAAGCCAAUGGCGGAGGACAUCUCAAAAAAGACUCAGCAGAGCUCAUUUUCUGCUGUCAGAAAACUUAAUUCUUACCCCCUUAAUGGAGCGAAUGAUCCGUUGAGUAGAUCAAAUAAGUCAUCCAAAGACUCAUUGCUUUUUGCAGCUUUUGCAGCCAAAAGGAAUGGUGAGAGCAGCAAGAUGACAAAUGGUGAUUCAUGGGACAAAUCUGCUCUACUCAGCAUCCAAAGGGAGCUCUCCGAGUUUUCUUCAGAUUAUCACAGUUUAACAGCGGGACAUCUUUCCCAAGCCAAAAAUCAUCUUAAAUCAGAUGAAAAAGGGUCUGGCAAGAAAUCAAGCAAGGUUGCUUCAAAUCCCCUGGGAAAAUCUUCUAAAAGUAAACAAAGCAAACACAACAAACUGCGAAAACUAAAUUGCAUAAACUUUUUCCUCCACAGCGAAUUAAGCCCGUUUUUGUCAUGGAGGGAUUUUAAUAAAUUCUCCAUCGGGCAGGAGCACAUUUCGGAGAUUGUGUUGAGCAACAGGCCACCUGAAUGGUAUGACUCACCUCUUUACAAAGAAUUAACUGCAGCACAUGGACACUAUAAAGUAUGCAUUUCCCCAUCAGUUGAAAAAGAAGUUGAAAAGUGUCCAAAACAAAGUGAGACUCAUCCACUUAAACCACAACUUGCUUCUGUACAAACGGCAGCACCUAAGGUACUCCCAAAACCAGAGAAAGAGUCUGGGCACAUCCAGCAUAAUAUUCCUACAAAAGCUCCUCCGCUUGUUGCUGAACAGAGAUGUAAUUCAGAAAGAGUGGAAGCUUGCGUUCCCUGGCGAAAAAGCCAAAGUAGAGCAAAAAGUGCUGCUCCUGUGGGGCAUUCCAUCAACUCACCGGCCUGCGAAAAGACAAACGCUGGAGACGGGAGUGCACAGGCAUUUAAAAAAGAAGUCAAGACAGUAGAGGACCAGACCUCCACUAGUUCAACUCCUUUCAGUAUUUCACAGCUGUUGACACCGGUGAUACCCUCCAGACAUGGGACAGGAACUUCAGAGAUACUGCAAACUGUGCUCUGGCCCACUGCCCUGGAGAUCCCAGCGCUCUCUGAGAGAGAACUGCAUCUGUCGCCUGAGAUUAAGAGAGAAGGGUACAAAUCCAUAGCAUCAAGCUUGCUGUUCAAUCUCAAGGACAACAGAAAACGGGUUAAGGCCAUGUACUGUCCAGCUAAGUAUAAAGGUUUGGAUGCGACAAAUCAAAGUAAAGAGUCUCCCCAGCCUGAAGUGUCAAAAGAUGUGCUUGAAAUACCAGAGGAUUCAGAAGCUAAAACAAUUUCACCUACUCAUCACAAAGCCAUUAUAUCUCCAUUGAGUCCUUUGUUGGAAACUGGAGAGACUCAAACUGGCUCUUCUGCGAAUGAUGGAAUGCCAGAUGACUAUUUGGCACUGAGUCUGCUUCAAUCUGGAAAAUUAAAAUCAAACAGGAGCCCUGCAACUAACAAGGCAAAAUACCCAUCAUUACAACUUUACCAAAAAGCUAGUCCUGAGGAGAUCAGAGCAAAUUCUCAAACUGUGGUUGACACCAGCUCUCAGGUUUUCACAGAAAAAGCCAGCAAAGAUCAUGACACAAAGCAUAAUUAUCCAAGUAAAUUGUUGAAAGGUGUAGAGUUGCGAAACAAAAAUGAUACCUUAGAGUCAACGCUAUAUGCCAAAAAGCCCACUGAAGGUUUAAAUAGUGAAAGGAUUAUUGAAAACAAAUCUGAAAAAAGCCCAGCUGUAAGUUUAACAAAACUGGAAGAACAAGCCAUUAGUGAUGGUACAAAUCAAAUUAAGGACAGGUUGAAAACUAGAGGAACAGCCAGUACACAGAAAAGCCCUGUUAAAGAAAAAGAACCCAACAGAAAGGAGGAAGGAACUAAGCAUGAAUUUUCUGCACGGCAGAACAACUACAUUAAAAGUCAGAGAUUUGUAAGUACAGAUGAUGAUAAAGAUCAUGAUGAUAGUUCUAAUGCAGAAAAACGGCUGAUGGAUUUAAAAAUGAAAAAUGUUAAUGAUGAGCGGUCCAGGCAUUCCAAAAAUACAAAAAUGAAAGAGAUAAGACAAGAGGAGCAUCAUGAAGGAAUACGUAAAAAUAAAGGACUAGUUCAAACAACAGUGGAUGGACCACUAUUGAAAGAAAAUGUUCAUGUAAGUGGAGAGGCUACCACAGCUAAAGAACAGAGCAGUAUUACAUCAAAGAAUGGUUUGGAAAGUCGAAGAGAGCAAAAAGUAAAAGAUGGAACUUUCUCAGUGAAAGGAAACACUUCUGCAAAGAGAGCACUGUUCACAUCAAUAGAACUGGUGCCAAAUAAGACAACUGCACCCUUAAAGAGAGAUAAUGUUGUUAUAGAUAAGUAUGACUUGGCCAAAAUGGCUUUAGAGGAAGUAAUUGCUGAACGAGAGCAAAGAAAUUUGAAAAGUAAUGCACGUGGUUGUGAAAAACUUCAAGAUGAUCUUGAGUUACCCACCAGUGGAGAGGACCAACUACCUAGCAUGUUUAUGCUGAAUGAAAGGGGGACAAGUACAAAAGAUGGCAAAGGUCUGAAUACUGUAUCAGCUUUUAAAACCAAUUGGCAGACUGCGCAAACAAAGUCAGAAGACAUGGCCAAACAUGGUGAAAGUCAUGUGCCUGAGGUAAAAUUAGCCAGGCCCUGUAAGCAGGAAGCAUCUAAUGGGCAGUGCCAGCAUAUAGAACCUAUAAAAUAUAAUGAGAGAGACAGAUUGUGCCUAGACCAUCAAGAAAGCAACACAAAUAAUAUCAGUAAGGGUGAUAAAAAACACCAAAAGAAAGAGUUAAUGAAUAAAAAUGUAAGUCAUGCAAUGAAAUGCACAAAAAUGGGAGAUAAUUUGGAAAGUAGAGAUAUUUGUGGAGUGGGACAGUAUGAAGAAGAGUUGGGUGUUGACAAAAGGGGUAGUUCCUAUAAACCUGAGAUACCCCCAAGAAGAGGGAGAAGUAAUUCUCAGAGUAAUGACAGAGUAGGUGAAAAGACAGAAAGUAAUUUGGACUUUAAAAGAGAAGGUGACACUACAGGCAAAACUGAGAUAAUGGAAAGUAGGGAAAUAAGCAAAGUUCAGUCAAGUCAAACAAACAGUCGAGGCCCAGUGAGAGGAAAUGUAUCAGUUCUGAAAGAGAAAUACAACAAAGAAAUUAAGAUGAACCGCAAGGAUGUUCAGAAAGGCCUGCCUGUUGAAGAUACAUGUUCUGAAAAGUCUAUGGAAGAGAGACCCAAUGAAAAGGCCCCAAAAGACAAAAUGAAACACAAAUUUGUUCCACCAAAACUCACAGUCAGUGAUGCUGAAAGUGGCACUUAUUCCAUUAUCUACAAUGAGAUGGAUUCAGUGAGUGAAAGAAUGUCCAACAUCUCUUCAAGAGAAUCAGAAAGAGGCGAGGAACAUUCUAGUUCACAGAGGAAACACAGUAUCACCCAAGACUUCCAAAAGGCUGUAGGUGAUCUCACAAACAACAUAAAUGAAGGAAUGCAAGACAAGGUAAAAACAGAAGAAGGUGCUGACAAGCAAAACAAAUCCAAAGGUCCAAAAGUCUAUGUGAAAGACUUCUUAAGUGGACUCCUUGGACUUUCAAGCUCAGAAAGGGUCAAAACAGUAGACGAUCUUCAGGAGGAACUCUCUGAAACACUGUCCUCAGAGUCUUUCAAACCUGAUAAAGUCAGAAAGGACAGUAUCACAGUGUAUGAUAUCCUUGGACAGUCUCACACCGUAUCUUCGUUAAAUGGUAAACAAACACAUCACAGCAGUCACUCUUCAAACUCAAGUGAACCCUCUCUAUUGCACGAAUCCAAACAGGGGGCACAACCAGAAGAGUUGUUAAGCAAAGCAGAAGUCUGCAACAUGAAAGAAAAAGUAGAUGAAAAGGUGAAGGAGACUUUCCAGAAACCAUCAAUAGAUUCUUGCUCAUUAAGCAACCAUGAAAGUGAGUCAGAUGUCUCUGAUAGGGUAGUUUCUCCACCUAGUGAUGUGGACAAAAGGGGAUUGGUGCACAGCUUGAUUGAGUCAGCUAGAAACUUAACACAAAUGCCACACAGUCAUACUUCCUCCAAGGAUCAACAAGACAACUGCUUGAAUAGAUCUGAGAAAGAUGAGGACGAUCUGGACCUCUUCAAAGAUCAUUCUCAAGUUGAGAUGCCUGCUGUUUCAGUCAAGAGCCCCCAACCAAACCAACCCGCAAUACAGUUCUUGUCCCUUCCGGCAACUCACCUGGUCACAGUCAAGGACGGAAAGCCAUCGGUUGGAAGUGCCUCUGUGUCUGAGGAGGAGGAGCGACGCUCUGCUGUGAGCACUUUAUCUGAGGGAAUUGAUGGCUAUGUAACAAGCGGAGGGGAUACGAUGGAGGAGAACAUCUUUAGCAAUGCACCAACAGAGGAUGCGGAGGGAUCCAAGGCACCCAGCGAGAGAUCUGCUUCAGCCAGCAGUGAAAUCGAAAGUCAGGGUCAGAACAAGCCGCCUGUUGUCCCUCCAAAAACCGAAAAGGCUCUACGCCGAGCCUUGAAGCUCACCACACGGAGGAUACAAAAAUCUGAAGCUAAAAGCAAAUCUGAGCAUAAAGGUGACAAAAGCGUCGCUCACAAGACUGAGAGGAGGCACCACAGCACUGACAAAGUACAUGACAGAUCAGAACACAGGUCGCUUAGCAGUGACAGAAUCAGCAAUAAGCAAAGCAAACAUCUCGAUGACACGCUUGAGCACAAAGCUCAAAGAAGCGAGAAGCAUGCUAGACGCCAUAGUGGUCACAAGAGCCAAAACGUAGAAGAGAAUAAUCCUAGUAAAAAAGUGCCACAUGCAACCAAAGGCAAAGAUACUGGUGACUCAAAGACCCAUCGCAGUGAGAAACAACUAGAAGGCACAUCAAACCAUGAGGAUCAUUUGGAGAAUGGCCAAAUAAGCCAUGACAGUGACAGACUGGGUCGAAGCAAUGAGAAAUACUUGCCCAAGAAACUGGAACGUAGGACUCAAAGUCUAGAAAGAUUUUUAAGGGAUAAGCACGAAAACAUAUCGAGCAGCACUGGGAAAACUGGUGUUGAAGUUCAUUCAACAGGAGGAUCACAAUACUCUACUCAAAAAGCAUUACCUUUGUGCCACAACAGCAUUGAACAUACUUAUGCACCAGCCACUAAUCUUGUAACACAGUCCUUCCCAAUCACUCAAAGGAAGCUUUUACAGGACCCUGACUCUGGAGAAUACUUUCUGGUGGAUAUGCCUGUACAGGUCAAAACUAAAACUUUCUUUGACCCGGAAACAAAAAGUUACGUGCAACUUCCAGUACAAUCUCCCGAGGCUGCUGUGCGACAAGCUCCACCAUUGGAGGUAAUGAACACACCACCACUUAUGCUGUAUCAUGGCUUUGUUUCAGUGCCCCUACCAUCACAGAAAUCUUUUGUCAGGACUGGAGGAUCUAUGAUUCCUCCUGAUGACCUGGAAGACUUUGAACCUAGCAGGAAACAGAUGCAGGAAACCUUUUAUAAAACGCAUAAUGGAGAGGUAAAUCCUUACUCUGAGCCUGUGCAUAUAUCACAGGAACAUACACCUGAAGAGGAAAUUGAUAGUGUGAGAUAAAA